CCUCCCGCCGGCCCCGCCAUGUCGUCCGAGCCCGGCGCGCCGCCGGCCGUGCCGCCGCUGCACUCGCCCAAGUCGCCCGUGUGGCCCACGUUCCCCUUCCAGCGCGAGGGCAGCCGCGUGUGGGAGCGCGGCAACCUCCUGCUGCGCGACCUGCCCAGCCCGCUGCCCACCAAGAGGACCAGGACGUACUCGGCGACGGCUCGUGCCUCCGCCGGCCCCAUCUUCAAGGGCGUCUGCAAGCAGUUCUCGCGCUCCCAGGGCCACGGCUUCAUCACCCCCGAGAAUGGCACAGAGGACAUUUUUGUUCACGUCUCCGACAUCGAGGGCGAGUACGUGCCAGUGGAGGGCGACGAGGUGACGUACAAAGUGUGCCCCAUCCCGCCCAAGAACCAGAAGCUGCAGGCCGUGGAGGUGGUGCUCACCAACCUGGCGCCCCACGCGAAGCACGAGACGUGGUCCGGCCAGAUCAUCGGCUCCUAGGCGGCCGCGCGGGGCGCCGCGGUGAGCGCGGAGCCGGGGCGGCCGGGGCUGCCCCAAGGCACGUCGGUGCCUGCGGCCGCUGUCUUUUAUACCGUUACCGUUUCCUUAAUGUCUGUCUGUCUGUCCCACCCUCUGUGCCCCCUCCCCGGCACCCCGCUGCCCCACGAUUCGGCCGCCCCCGCAGCACCCCGGUCCCCAGGGAUGUGGUGCRGGAAAGUGCCAGGGCCGCGUGCGGAGCUGAGCUUCACGGAGCUGGGAUGGGGGCCGCCGAGUCCUUCCCGCUCCCUUCCCUGUCGCUCGGAACUUGGGUCUGUCACUCGGCCGGGAGAAGGGUGACUCGUUUCCGUGUUAGUUUUUGCAGUCUGUUUUUAACGUCUCCACCAGCUCAGACCGGGAGAGCGAGAGGCAGGAGGAACGGGCACCAUCCGGACYAGCAGUGGGUUAUUUCCUAUAAAUCCUGGGGUGCCUCAGGUUUUGCGGGGCUCUUUUGGGGGCGCUCGGUGCCGCCGAGCACGCACAUCCCCACGGGGGCCUGGCGGGGCUCAACCCUUGGUGAUGCCCUGAGAUGGGGACGUGCUGCCCCAUGAGCUCCAGAGGCAAGAAGAGAAAAGCAGAGUGGCUUAAAGAAGGAAAAAGAUGAGUUUUAAGGGGAAAAGCAACCCAGCGUUCAAGGGUAAGUGCUCUGGGGUGCACGGGGGCUCCGCUCGCUGCAGGCGCUGGCCAGUCCCCAUUGCCAGCCCCACGGGCACGUGUGUCCCCACAGCGGUGACUGGGGAUGGCCGGCGGCCCUGUCACUGCUGCCCCGAGUGCUGAGASCGAGCCCAGGAGCUGAGCAGCCCCCGGCGCCAUGGGGCUGAGCCCGGCUGCACUCAUGUCCCCCGUGGCCGUGUGCGGCAGCCGACGCACUGUCCUUGGACCGAGCUGAGCUGGCUUUGGGGGCCACGGCUCCUUCCCCUCUCCCGUCCCCGUCCCCGCUGCCCCGUGGGAACGCCCCUCCACGUGUGUGUGUGUGUGUGUGUGUGUCUGUAGUUUGCCGUGGGGCAGCAGGAGAGGGGCCGGCGGGCCGGGGCGCUCGCAGCCCCCGCCGCGGUGCCUUCCCCGGCUCGGGCCGCCCGCGGACUCCCCCUGCCCCCUUGGUGUAGACAGGGUCUCGUGUAUGAAGCACAACCGUCGAGUUUUGGUCUUCUCCRCCACGUCCUGGCCACGCGGACCCCGGCGCUCCGGAGGAGUGGGGAGGACGGGGACCAUUCCCUGGUUCCCUGUGGGAACYGCUGGCACCACGAGGAGCAGAGGCCUGACCGAGGGCCUGGGCAAAAGUCAGCACAGCCACUGCCAAAYGGGCACGUUUUACAUUUUCAACCUUUCUGCGGCAGCAGCGGGGUCUGCCAUGACGGGGGAAAAGAAAAACAGGGGGGCAACGGCCACCCCACCCAGCGUGGGGCGGGACGGCUCCGGGCGAUGCGGAUCGGGCACCCUGCCGCCCCGAACCCCGGACUUGCUCCCGGCUGCCUUGGCUCCCCCAAACCUCCACCCGCUGCCGAGUGAACCACGGCCAUUCCCCGGAGCUCCGG